AUGGUUCAACUCUCUGCUAUUACCGUCAGCCUGGUCGGUCUGGCUGGUCUUGUCUCCGCUCACCCCGGCCACAAUGUCAAGGCUGAAGCUGCUGAGCGUGCUGCCUUCUUGAAAGAAGCUAGCAUUCAAACUCGCAGUCUUUCGCAGUGCGCAUCGAAGCUCAAGGCUCGGGGUCUCGAUAACAAGAAUGUUGCUCGCCGUGAGCGCGCUGUGAAGAACAUUCGUCGUCGCCGUGGCCUCAACAACGAGGCUCAAUUCCUCAAGGCUCGUGACCUUGAUACUGUGGUUAACACCUCGCACCACUCGAACCUAACAAGCGUCGAUAUGUCAACUGAUCCCAGCGUUCUGUUCGGAUCUGAAGCUACCUGUAUCCUGGGACCAGAUGUUACCCAGGGUCCUUACUACGUGUCUGGCGAGUUGAUUCGUGAGAACAUUGUCGAGACUCAGAGUGGUGUCCCUCUCUAUAUGGAUAUCCAGGUCGUUGACACCAACACCUGCGAGCCCCUGCCUAACGUCUACAUGGACCUCUGGCACUGUAACUCUACAGGUGUCUACUCCGGCGUCCAAGCCAGCGGAAACGGCGACUCAUCCGACGCAACAAACCUCGACAACACUUUCCUCCGUGGUAUCCAGCCCAGCAAUAGCGAUGGCGUCGUUCAAUUCGAAUCCAUCUUCCCGGGCCACUAUACCGGCCGUGCCACCCACAUCCACGUCCUCACUCACUCAUCAAAUGACACCGUGCUCGCAAACGAUACCCUUUCAGGUCUAUACACCGCCCACUCCUCGCACGUGGGCCAGCUCUUCUUCGACCAGGACCUUAUCACGGAGGUCGAGAAGACUUCUCCUUAUUCGACCAAUACUCAGGACUUGACCACAAACGCUGACGAUAGCAUUCUUUCCGAGGAAGCUGAUACGAUUGAUCCGUUCAUGGAGUACGUGCUCCUUGGCGAUGAUGUUUCUGAUGGCGUUUUUGCUUGGAUUACUGUUGGCAUUGACUCGACUGAGAGUACGGAUGUUACUCCUGCUGCUUAUUAUACCGAGGAGGGGGGCGUUGAGAAUGACAGUUCUUCUGGUAUGGGUGGUGGUGGUGGUGGUGGUUCUGCGCCUGGCUCUGGUUCUUCUACCAGCAGUGCUCGUGGUAGCAGCAGGACUCACGGAGUUUAG